GGAAACCAGUACCGAACUACAUUUUUGUCGGUUCCCCCAUUGUUAUUUUCCAGCCCCGACAUGCAUUACCUUCCAUUGCUCAACCUUUUUAGCUCGAUUCCAUUUUGUUUUUCCUUCAAAGUUUACAGAUUUUUGCUUGUUCCCAAUUAUUUAUUGUCUCUUAUAUCAGCCUCCAUGAAGCUUCCUCUCUUGUUUUUUCAAUUCCCUUCUCUUAUUAUUUAUCCCAUGUUUUGAAACCAUUGAACAAAGAAAAGAAAAACGUUUUUAUGUUUCCUUCUUUUUUUUGUUUUUGAAAUGGAACCCAAAUUUCGUGGAAUUGUUCGUUCUGUUUUUGCCUUGGUACUACUUUUCUUGUUUUACAAUCACGAAAAUGGCUUCAAAACACCAUUUUUAGUGAAACCCAGAGUUGGGUUUUAUGAUCAAAGUGAAGUUAUCCACAGGAGAAUCAUAGAAACUAAUGAUACCAGUGUUGAAGUCAAUGACUUGGCUGCUAGAAAACCCAAAAUUUGCUCAGGGUUGAUUGAACACAAGGGCUAUCCUAGUCAAUGUGAUUACUUGAUUGCCCACCCUGAGUGUAGUCCUGGUGGGUUUUUCAACUACAUCAAGUUCUUUUAUUGUAGCUGUCAAAAUGUUAGCUUCUUGGGGUUCACUGUAUUGGCUAUAUGGUUGGUUGCCUUGUUUUACUUAUUGGGUAACACAGCAGCUGAUUACUUUUGUUUUUCCUUGGAAAAGCUUUCGAGUUUAUUGAAAAUGUCACCAACUGUUGCUGGGGUUACUUUGUUGCCAUUAGGGAAUGGUGCUCCUGACCUGUUUGCUAGCAUUGCUGCAUUUGCAAGUAAGAAUUCAAGUGAGGUUGGGAUUAACAGUGUGUUAGGGGGUGCUGUGUUUGUCACUUGUGUUGUUGUUGGGAUUAUUUCUCUUUGUAUAGCUGAAAAAAAGGUUCAAAUUGAUAGGUAUUCCUUUGUUAGGGACAUUGGUUUCUUUUUGUUCUGUUUGAUUUGGCUGUUCUUGAUUUUAACUGUUGGAGAGGUCACUGUUGGGACUGCAUUGUUGUUUGUUUUGCUGUAUUUGAUUUAUGUUCUUGCUGUUGCUCUUAAUGAGGUUGGUAGGAUAAACAUUAGGGUGUUUAAGUUGAGGUAUGUUACACCAUUGUUGCCUGUUAGAUGGUGUAAUUCAUCUUCUAUUGGAGAUGAAGAGGGGGAUUCUGUUUAUGCCUCGUUGCUUGAAUCCGGCUCAAAAAGUGACGUACCAUGUCUCGAGAAUAGGUUGCCUCAUUGGAUGUGGGCAUCUCAGGUGGCGAUCUAUUCAGAUGAGCUAGAAGAGGACCCAAAAUCAACGUGGGGUUGGAAUGAUGAGGAUGAGGUCGUGUUGAAAGAACGGUCUUUGUUCUCUUGUUCUAAGUUUGUUUCGUUGUUGGAGUUUCCGUUGACACUUCCAAGACAGUUGACGAUUCCUAUGGUGGAAGAACGAUGGUCGAAGGGGUAUGCCGUGGCUAGUGCUACGUUGGCGCCUAUACUUCUUGCUUUCUUGUGGAACACUAAAGGCGAUGAUGCAACUCGAUUAAGUCAGGAAAUUGUGUACUUCAUUGGUGUUACCUUCGGUGGCAUACUCGGAGUUUCCGCAUAUCUAUUCACCUCAUCCGAUCACCCGCCUCACCGGUUUUUGCUCCCAUGGGUUUUGGGAGGAUUUUUCAUGAGCAUAGUCUGGUUUUACAUGAUUGCAAACGAGCUUGUUGCUUUAUUGGUGGGAUUAGGUGUGAUCUUUGGUAUUAAACCUUCGAUCCUCGGUCUAACCGUAUUGGCAUGGGGCAACUCAAUGGGCGAUUUGAUGUCGGACAUUGCACUUGCAAUGAAUGGCAGGGACAGUGUACAGAUUGCCAUGUCAGGGUGCUAUGCCGGACCGAUGUUCAACACGCUUGCCGGUUUGGGGAUCUCAUUGGUGCUCGGUGCCUGGAAUAAGAAACCUGCUCCAUACAUAGUUCCCAGAGAUAGUAGCUUGUUUUGUACAAUGGGGUUUCUAGCAUUAGGCCUAGUUUGGUCCUUCAUCAUGUUGCCCCGGAACGAUAUGCGGCCGAACAAGACACUCGGGAUCGGGCUUAUAAUGAUCUACUUAAUAUUUGUCAUUGUUCAGGUGAGUGCUUCCCUCGGUGUUUUAUCAAUAGGUUGGGAUUGAAAACGUUGUGGCCUUUGCUAGUUCAGUAUUGUUGUUGUUGGUGUAUCCCCAUUUAAAGAGCAAUGGUACAGGAGGAUAAAUUUUGGUUAGAAAUCUUGUAUAGCAUUGGGUUUUAAUAGUAAUAGACUUCAACUCUGUUAUAAUAAA